UCUCUUCGCAAGAGCCUCAACGCGAACACCUCUGAUCUGAGGUUCGCGAUACCCAUGAAACGAUCACAGCAGGAUUCUCCUGUGUCAACCGAGAAACGGUCCUCCAAAAAAGUCAAGGUCGAAGGCACGGCAGACAUGGAAGGAUGGACAAAAGUCGAGAAACGACGACACAAAAAGGAGAAGAAAUUAGAGGAGAAAAACGGGGCUACUCAAGCGCGUUUUAUGUAUGCUAAUACUGAGAUCGUCAAACGAAACCAUGCUAUCGGAAUAGAGGAUGUUCGCGACCUAGUAUUGCAUCUUAUGGGGGAUGCCUCGUGUCCAAACUUUGUGAAGAUAAACGACUUCACGUUGAUAAAAAAAGUCGUAACAAUUUUGGUACCCGGCUUGACCCCAGAGCUACUCAAUCUCCCUCCCUUGCCGACUAUCGCAACCGCAAAUCCAAAUAUUCCUCUCUCAAUUCCUCUUCCGACUGCCGAAUCUCCUUCCGCCCUACCCAUCAUCGCGUCGACUUACAGUCACGCAUGCCCUACUCGAGCCCCAGGAGACCAAUAUAGAAUGCAUAGCAUAUUGACUGCAUUCUUCCAGUCGCCCAUCACUCAAGCUGAGUUGAAGAAGCGGGCAGCCGCUAACUCUCAACGUACGCGCGACAAAGACCCAGCACAAUACACGCUCACGCUUGAACAGAUGGUCGAAAACGAGUAUCCCAUCCCAUCAUAUAUGGCGGAGGUGUUCCAAAAGCCGGAUGAUUCCUGGAUCGAGACCCCGCAAGAAACUCCACUAGCUCUACUAGAUGUCAAGCCUCAGCGCAAGGUUUACUGUGUGGAUUGUGAAAUGUGUAUGACUGAAGAUGGCAAGGAGCUUACUCGAGUAUGUCUACUCGAAUAUUACUCUGGGGUUGUUGUCUACGACCAACUUGUCAAGCCGUCGAAACCUGUCUUGGACUAUCUCACCAAAUGGUCAGGUAUCACGGCAGCGCAGUUAAGCCCUGUGACAACGACGCUCGCCCAAGUUCAGGCGCAUGUUUUGAAGCUGCUUUCACCUCCGCCAUCCAAUCCCUUCUCCACUGGUUCCUCAGCGCCAACUCCUUAUCUAACCCCCAUUCUUAUCGGCCAUUCACUCGAAUCCGAUCUCAAGGCAUUGAAACUUUGCCAUCCGCUUUGCAUCGACACUGCUCUCUUGUACCAUCACCCUCGCGGGCGGCCACUCAAGCCUGGAUUAGCAUGGCUGACGCGUAAGUGGUGUGGUCGAGAGAUUCAAACGCGCGGUGAAGGCGGACAUGAUCCUGAAGAAGACGCUCGUGCGUGUUUGGAUCUGGUCCAGAAGAAAGUCGACGCUGGUCCCGGGUUUGGAGAGUACAAGACCGAUUACGAGUCUAUAUUUGAGCGACUAGGUAGAGGACCACGAAAGCCGCGCUCUGCUGUCGUCGACACUGGCAACCCAAGUGUUAUGCAUGGCAGCAAGGCAACUACGGCCAUAGGGUGCAAGGACGAUGGCGAAGUUGUCAAGGGCAUGGUCGAUGCUAUCCCUUCGCAUGACUUUGUGUUCGGCCGAUUCAUGGCGCUGGCUUCCCUGCUGGGAUGGUCAGCACCAAAAAACGACCAAACUGCUAAUGCACCACCUCCUUUACCAACUGCUACUGUUGCGCCCCCGCCACCAGCUUCAGUUGUGGAAAAUACAAUCAAAGAGCUCAACACACAGCUUACGACUAUCCGCAGCUCGCUUCCUCCAAGGACUGCCCUUAUUAUUCUCAGUGGUCAUUCUGAUCCUCGAAAAAUGGCUUUGCUCAACGCUCGGCGGAUGGCAUUUGAGAAUAGUGUCAAAGGCGGUGUUGGGGGAGGUGUGAUGCUUGGUGUCGGCACUGAAGCCGAACAAAAGAGCCCAGAAUCGGAGCUACGGUGGAGCGCCCAAGACGCUCGAGACUUAGAGGAAGCGGUGGAGUUGGCACGCAGAGGAUUGCUGUUUCUCGGCGUGGUUUAA